AUGCAGGAUGAAGUUUAUCUCCAAGUUAUUAAGACAUCAGGCGAAGGCCACGAGCGAAAAAAUGCGACCAGCGUCCUCAAACUCCUCAACCACGGAAAACACUGGGUCCUUGUCACACUUCUUCUGAGCAAUGUCAUCACAAAUGAGACCUUGCCCAUCGUCCUUGACCGAACACUUGGGGGUGGUUGGCCCGCGGUGUUGGGAAGUACCGCCCUGAUUGUCAUAUUCGGCGAGAUCGUUCCACAAUCGAUAUGCGUUCGCUAUGGUCUUCCUAUUGGUGCCUGGAUGGCACCUUGCGUCUUGGUUUUGAUGUACAUCAUGUCCCCGGUCGCUUGGCCGAUCGCAAAACUCCUGGACCGCCUCCUCGGUGAAGAUCACGGUACCAUCUACAAAAAAGCUGGACUGAAGACGCUCGUUACCCUUCAUAAAACCUUGGGCGAAGCGGGAGAACAGCUGAACUCCGAUGAAGUGACAAUUAUCAGUGCCGUUCUCGACCUCAAAGAGAAGUCAGUCGGCAGCAUUAUGACACCUAUGGAAGACGUGUUUACCAUGUCUGCUGACACCGUUCUUGACGAACGUACAAUGGAUCUCAUCCUUUCCCAAGGAUACUCCCGCAUCCCCAUUCAUGCUCCUGAUAACACUAUGAAUUUUGUUGGCAUGCUUCUUGUCAAAAUGUUGAUUACCUACGACCCCGAAGACUGCAAAAGGGUCCGUGACUUUGCCCUCGCCACACUUCCUGAAACUCGCCCAGAGACGAGUUGUCUUGAUAUCGUCAAUUUUUUCCAAGAAGGCAAGUCCCACAUGGUACUUGUUUCCGAAUAUCCCAGUGAGGAUCGUGGUGCUCUCGGGGUUGUCACUUUAGAGGAUGUGAUCGAAGAAUUGAUCGGAGAGGAAAUUAUUGAUGAGUCUGAUGUCUUUAUUGAUGUGCACAAAGCUAUUCGUCGCAUGGCACCUGCACCAAAAUCUCGUGUUCCCAAAGGGAAAAUUGUCGAAGAACCUCCUUUGAAUGCCUCUGUCGUCACCGAUGGUGACCUGAUUGAUGUGGAUCCUGUACAACCAUCGUCUCUCCCCAAACCUUCCGACUUGAUCCGACGCCGCAGCUCUGUGGAGGCACCCCUCCCUCGCUUCCAACUUCGCAAAAACAAUGCCGACGUUGGUUCCAACUCAACAGAUGGCUGGGUUACACAAGUUGGUACUACAGAUGAGAUUCGAGAACAUCUCAAACACCUUGGUCCUUCGAAUCUAGCUAGCCGACCACGUCAAACCCGCUACCACGCUGUUAAAAUCAAGCGCAGCAAUACAUCUCCUUCUCGUUCCGCACAAACCGAUCUCGAGUCUGGACAAAGCAUCUCCGACUCUCAAAGACUUGUACCUUCGGCCGUAGCCUACCAAGGUGGCAUUGGCGCGGGCUUACUCAACUCCGCCGGCCAGGAUGCCAAAGAUGGCGCGCAUGCCUUGAAGAUUGGCUAUGGAACUCUAUCAUCAUCUGACAAUGCGAGCAAAGGAACCAGUGCUCAGCAAUACAAAGAUCUUCCUCACAUUUCUAUCCCCGAAUCUGUCCGCGAGGAGCACGAAGACCAAAUGCGUUCUGAGUCAACGCAGGAGGCUAGUAGUGUCGCUGCACAUGAGGACAAAGACCAACCUCAAUCUGGCUCGACGCGGAAGGCCAGCAGUACCGAAGGCAGCAUUCGAUCGCUUGAUUCACCUUCCGGCUUUCCCUAUCAUCACCGUGGACCGGCGCGCAGUGGCAGCAUCACAGAACAGAUCGUGGAUGUCAAUGGAAUUCGCAAGGUUGUUCUCCAUGCCAAUUGCUCCAGUUCUUCGGACAGCGAAUCCCAUCAAUCCGGCAAUCAUCACCACAACCUCAAGCAUUCGUCCUCCGGUCAAAGCCACAACCAGGGGGCGGCGCUUGACACCGAUGAUGCCAAAUCACAAAAUCCGGACAGCGUGCUGUCAAAACUCAAGAAAAAGCGCCGCCGAAAGAAGCACGCCAAAGCUUCCAAGACAGGCGCCGGUCCCUCCGAGGACCAACCAUUACUCCAAUAA